UGUGCAUGUGUUUCUCCUUUCUUUCCCAUUCUCUCUCUCUCUUUCCCGAUGGCGGCCUUUAUUUUGCCGCUGGUUAUUGCAACUCUGGCUUUAGCAGCGACGUCGUUUGUCAUCUUAUCUGUGUUAUACGACGCCGUUUCUUGCUACUGGUGGACUCCUAGACGCAUCAAAGAAAAGAUGGCUAUGCAAGGUGUGGGUGGCCCCAAACCCCGCCCUUUCCUCGGCAACAUCCUUGACGUCACCGCCCUCCUCUCCAAGUCCACCUCCCAAGACAUGCCCUCCAUCUCCCACGACCUCGUCCCCCGCCUCCUCCCGCACUAUCUCGUCUGGACCGCCCAGUUCGGUAUGUCUUUUUUUUUNUGGAAUGGGAUUGAGCCAAGAAUGUGUCUGGCUGAAACCGACUUGAUCAAAGAGCUUUUGUCUAAACACAGCGCCGUUACCGGCAAGUCGUGGCUCCAACAACAAGGGUCCAACCACUUUAUUGGUAGAGGUCUCUUAAUGGCCAACGGCCAAAACUGGUUCCAUCAACGACAUGUCGUCGCUCCCGCCUUCCUCGGCAACCGUCUCAAGAGUUACGUAGGAUACAUGGUUGAAUGCACGAGAGAAAUGCUUAUAUCAUUAGAAAACGAGGUCAAAUUGGGACGAACCGAGUUAGAAAUCGGCGAGUACAUGACAAGAAUCACGGCCGAUAUAAUUUCCAAAACCGAGUUUGGAAGCAGCUACGAAAAGGGAAAACAAAUCUUUCAUUUACUUACAACUCUACAGAAUCUCUGUGCUCAAGCUAGCCGCCACCUUUGCCUUCCUGGUAGCAGAUUUUUUCCGAGUAAAUAUAACCGAGAAAUAAAGGCAUUAAAAGGGAAAGUGGAGGGAUUGUUAAUGGAGAUCAUAGAGAGCAGAAAGGAGUGUGUGGAGAAUGGUAAUGAUUUAUUAGGAAUGUUGCUGAAUGAGAUGCAGAAUAAACGAGACAAUAAGGGUUUUAAUUUGAAUUUGCAAAUAAUAAUGGAUGAAUGCAAGACCUUCUUCUUUGCCGGCCAUGAAACCACAGCUCUCUUGCUCACUUGGACUGUCAUGUUAUUAGCCACCAACCCUUCUUGGCAACACAAGGUUCGAGCUGAAGUCAUAGCCGUCUGCAACCGCCAAGCUCCCUCGCUCGACCAUCUCCCUAAACUCUCCCUGUUGGGUAUGGUUAUAAAUGAGUCCCUGAGACUAUACCCACCUGCGAGCAUUCUUCCAAGGAUGGCGUUUGAGGAUAUAAAGCUCAGAGACUUAGAGAUUCCAAAAGGGUUGGCGAUAUGGAUCCCAGUGCUAGCCAUUCACCACAGUGAGGAGCUAUGGGGAAAGGACGCGAAUGAGUUCAACCCUGAAAGAUUUGGGAGCUCGAAGGCGUUCACGUCGGGUAGGUUCAUACCGUUUGCUUUUGGACCGCGCAACUGCGUCGGGCAAUCUUUCGCUGUCAUGGAAACGAAGAUCAUAUUGGCCAUGCUCAUCGCCAAGUUUUCCUUCACCAUCUCCCAAAACUAUCGCCAUGCACCCGUGGUCGUGCUCACUAUCAAACCUAAAUAUGGUGUUCAAGUUUGCUUGACCCCUUUGAAUUAAUUCACUUUUUUUUUUUUUUUUUUUUUU